CUUGGUCGGUGCAUUGUGUUGUUCCCCGUCUGCGUUGCGUCGUUGGGUCAGCUCGGUGUAUGCAUCAUCUUGGCCGAAUUCUCGAUACACUAUGAUCCUCCCACUCUUGCAACCAACUUUACUUCAACAACAACCAUAAUGCUUCGACCAUUGGCACGUAAAAUCCUCACAAACCUACGAACUAUUCAAAGAAAUAGCUUCAGUUCGACAUCAGCUGUCAGAGCCGACUUCACCCAUGCUGUAAUUGGUGGCGGUGUCGUUGGGCUUGCCGUGGCCCGUCAACUUGCACAACGGGACGAUACCUCAACUGUUCUCAUUGAGCGUCAUAAGGCGAUUGGCACAGAGACAAGCUCGCGUAACAGUGAAGUUAUUCACGCUGGCAUUUACUACGGACCAUCAAGCUUGAAAGCAAAGCUCUGCAUCCGUGGUAAGAAUCUGCUAUACGAGCUUUGCGAGAAGCAUGAUAUAGGCCAUCGCCGCACGGGCAAAUGGAUCGUUGCUCAAAACGACGCACAGCGUGAAACUCUUGAAAAGAUUCACGCUCUGUGCGAGAACGACCUCGGUGUCCCAACGCGAUGGGUGAGCGGUGAAGAGGUCAAGAGAGACGGUGAAGGCGUCAAUGCUGCUUGUGCGCUUGAGAGUCCGACAACCGGUAUUGUCGACUCGCACGGCUUAAUGCUGUGUCUCCAAGGCCUAUUUGAGGAUGCUGGUGGUGUUUUGGCGCUCAACUCACCCGUCGUGAACAUCAAACCUCUCGGAUCUAAACCCGGCAGUGAAGGUUGGGAGAUUGAUGUUAAGGAUGCUGACACGGGUGAAACGUCGAGUAUCACGGCUGAGACACUCAUCAACGCUGCUGGUCUGGGAGCUGCGGUUAUUCACAACAUGAUCGUCCCCUCUGAGAAGCGACGGGAGCUGUACUAUGCCAAGGGCAACUAUUUCUCGUAUUCUGCCUCUCAGCCCAAGAUCUCGCGUCUGAUAUAUCCCGUUCCAGAACCUGGCAUUGCAGGUCUAGGCACUCAUUUGACGCUUGAUCUUGCGGGACGUCUACGUUUCGGCCCGGAUGUGGAAUGGAUUGAUGAUCCUAAUGAUUUAGCUGUCAACGCAGCACGACUGCCGCAGGCUAUUACUGAGAUCCAGCGUUAUCUUCCGGGUAUUGACGCCUCAGCUUUGGUAGCAGACUAUGCUGGUAUUCGACCCAAGUUAGCUGGCCAAGACGCUGUCCUCAAAGGCAAAGGGUUCCACGACUUUGUCAUCAGGAGAGAAGAGGGAUACAAGGGCUGGGUAAAUCUAUUGGGUAUCGAAAGUCCUGGAUUGACAAGCUCACUGGCCAUCGCUGAGAUGGUACAAGAAUUGCUCUACGGGUCUAGCAAGUCACUUUAAAGCAUAGGUAGUAUUUUUUUUAUUCGUAGCUAAAAUUCGUUGGAUUAUAUUCCAGCUAUCCCCAAGUGUUGAUUAGCUGUGUUUACCCUUAAUUUGUAUUCCUCAUACUGCUCUGCGUUGCCUUGCAACGUGAUCUAAUCUAUUACUCACCCCAGUUAGAUCAUAAGGUUAAAGGCAGCAGCGCUGUAUAACUUCGAGACUUGCUUUUAAAAUUAUUGUGGUUUUUUUUUUUUUUU